AUGUGCUUCUGGUGUUCUGUGAACGACAUAGAAGUAUUAUUGUUUGAUCUAGUCGACGGCGGCUUCACACCCUGGAGUUCAUGGGAUGCAUGUUCAGCGACGUGCAGUGAAGGCACCCAGUCCAGGUCCCGUACGUGUACUAACCCAGAACCCCAAUAUGGCGGCCUGGAUUGCGUCGGGGAUUCCACGGAGUCUCAUUCUUGCAACGACGGAUCUUGUCCUGUCGACGGCACCUAUACUUUAUGGAGUGCGUGGGACGCUUGUUCAAUGACGUGCGGUGACGGCACCCAGUCUAGGUCACGUUCAUGUACUAACCUAGAACCGCAAUAUGGCGGCCUGGACUGCGUCGGGGACACUGCGGAGUCGCAGCCUUGUACCGACGGACCUUGUCCAAUCGACGGUGAGUUCUCAUUAUGGAGUUCGUGGGGCUCUUGUACAGUAACGUGCGGUGACGGCACACAGUUCAAGUCACGUACUUGUACUUACCCAGAACCACAAUAUGGCGGCCUGGACUGUGUCGGUGAUUCCACGGAAUCCAGACCGUGCAACGACGGACUUUGUCCUGUGGAUGGCAGUUUUACGCUCUGGAAUUCUUGGGGUGCGUGUUCAAUGACGUGCGGUGACGGCGCCCAGUCCAGGUCACGUACGUGUACUGACCCAGAACCCCGGUAUGGCGGCCUAGGCUGCGUCGGAGAAUCCGCGGAGUCACAGCCCUGUAAUGACGGACCUUGUCCAAUCGACGGCGGCUAUACGUUAUGGAGCUCGUGGGUUGCGUGUUCAGACACGUGCGGUGAUGGUACCAAGUCCAGGUCACGUACGUGUACUAACCCAGAACCCCGAUAUGGCGGCCUGGACUGCGUCGGGGAUUCCACGGAUUCGACGUCAUGUUAUGACGGACCUUGUCCAAUCGACGGCGGCUUUACUUCAUGGAGUACAUGGGGUACGUGUACAAUGACCUGUGGUGGCGGCACCCAGUCUAGGUCACGUACGUGUACUAACCCAGAACCCCAAUAUGGCGGCCUGGACUGCGACGAUGUUUCCACGGAGUCUCAGUCCUGUAACGACGGACCUUGUCCUAUUGACGGUGGCUACGCCUUAUGGAGUUCAUGGGACGCGUGUUCAGUGACGUGCGGUGACGGCAUCGAAUCCAGGUCACGUUCGUGUACUAGCCCGGAACCCCAAUAUGGCGGCAUGGAUUGCAUCGGAGAUUCCGUGGAGUCUCAACCUUGCAACGACGGACAAUGUCCAAUUGUCGGCGGCUAUACAUUAUGGAGUUCGUGGGACGCGUGUUCAGCUACGUGUGAUGACGGUACCCAGUCGAGGACACGUUCGUGUACUAACCCAGAACCCCAAAAUGGCGGCCUGAACUGCGUCGGUGAUUCAAGCGAGUCUCAGUCUUGCAACGACGGUCCAUGUCCUGUCGAAGGUGGCUAUACGGUAUGGAGUGAUUGGGACGCAUGUUCGGUGACAUGCGAUGACGGCACACAGUCCAGGUCACGUACGUGUACUAACCCAGAACCCCAAUAUGGCGGCCUGGACUGUGUCGGUGAUUCAACGGAAACUCAGCCAUGUACCGACGGACCUUGUCCUGUCGACGGCGGCUUCACACCCUGGAGUUCAUGGAAUGCAUGUUCAGUUACGUGCGAUGACGGCACACAGUCUAGGUCACGUACGUGUUCUAACCCAGAACCCCAAUAUGGCGGCCUGGAUUGCGUCGGGGAUUCCACGGAGUCUCAGUCUUGCAACGACGGACCUUGUCCAAUCGAUGGUGGCUUCACACCAUGGAGUUCAUGGAAUGGAUGUUCAGCUACGUGCGGUGACGGCACCCAGUCCAGGUCACGUUCGUGUACUAACCCAGAACCCCAAUAUGGCGGCCUGGACUGUGUUGGAGAUUCCACGGAGUCACAGCCUUGCAACGACGGACUUUGUCCUGUGAACGGGUUCUGGAUGGCCUGGGAAACGUGGGGCGCGUGCUCCACCACCUGCAACGGCGGCACCCGGCAGCGCACGCGAGAGUGUAUUCCGCCCCAGCACGGCGGAAGUGGUUGCUCCGGCCACUUAUCUGAAUUCGCAGUGUGCAGCAUGGUUCCUUGUCCUGCAGUCGACGGCGGAUGGACAGUCUGGUCUGCCUGGAGCACGUGCUCGGUUUCUUGUGGCUACGGGGAGCUUUCACGUGCGCGCACUUGCAGCGACCCCGCGCCCCAGUGGGGAGGGAGUUAUUGUGACGGCAUCCACAUCGAAACACUCGCAUGCACGGUCAACAUAUGCCCUGUGGAUGGUGCCUGGAGCUCCUGGUCUGCUUGGUCGCCCUGUAUGAACAUGUCUAGCGACACAUGCCCACUGGAAACAGGUUGCACAUGCGGAGGGGGCGUUUCCGGCAGGAACAGGUCGUGUGACAACCCAGCCACUCAGUUUGACGGCACACCGUGCGAUGGUUCGGAAAUAGAAGCCAAAAACUGCUUUGUUCCAUGUUUCGAAAACAAGUGCUCGGCGGAGAACCCAAGUGGCUGUCAGGUGGUACUUCCGGCCGACAGCACACAGGAAAAUAAUGGGGUUAUGGUGGAUGGAGAAGCUGUUGCAGUUCUGUGUGCUGUGAUCGUUGCAUUAUGGCUGGCGGACAAGGGCUCUGAUGUGAUAACCUGA